AUGUGCAUCGUUCUAUUCACUACCGCGCAUCCUGAUUAUGCGCUGAUCGCCAUCGACAAUCGGGAUGAGUACAUCCUCCGCCCAACUUCACGCCCGAGCUGGUGGACCCACGCCACGUCUGGCCGUCCCGUCUUGUCUGCGCGAGACCUUCAGCGAGCGGAAAAGGGAACGUGGAUGGGAAUCACCAAGGAUGGGCUUUUGGCCGUGCUCACCAACUACCGCGAGACCAACAUCGAGGAUGUGAAGCACCCCAUCCACGCCGUCAAGAGCCGAGGCGGUAUGGUUACCGCCUGGCUGGGAGCCCCACCUGAGGAGAGCAUCAAGGAUAGCGUCCACAAUCUGGUCAAGGACGACGGCGUCAAGGGCGUCGGAGGCUUCUCCAUGGUGUGCGGAAAGCUGAGGAAGAAGAGCGAGGGCAUUGCCAUCGUCAGUAACCGGGCGGGCAACGUCGAGGAGGUGCCUAUCGUGGGCAAAGAGCGCGGUGAGAUCUGGGGCUUGAGCAACACGGCUUUCGACGACACAGGAAAGCGGGAUGAGUGGCCCAAGAUUGCCGACGGAAAAAGAAUGCUGCGAGAAGCUAUCGAUGAAGCCGUCUCCAAGGGAUCGAGUGAGGAUGACUUUAUCGCGAGCCUCUUUACUAUUCUCGACAGCGACACGCUGCCGCAGGACGAGAAUGCCAGUCUCGUCGAGUACAUCAGCCAACUCAAGCACAGCAUCUUUAUCCCACUUAUCGGCGACGAAAAACAUCGGAAAGCGAUGGAAGAGGCCAUGUCAAAGGGAGCUGGUGAGUGGGCGUCAGACGACCAAGUGGCAGCAGAGGAGCUCAUGGUCGAAGGCCGACCGGACCCAUCCACCAGCACCAUCAUGGGCUUCGAGACGGGAAUGUACGGAACGCAGAGACAGACAGUCGUAUUGGUCGACUGGGAAGGCAAGGUGACGCUGGUCGAGAGGGCGCUCUGGGAUGGCAACGGCCACGCGGUGCCUCGUGGGGAGGGCGAUCUCAAGUUUGAGUUUACGAUAGACGGAUGGGAGGACGAGUCGUGCAACGGCAACGCAGUCAACGGGGAGACCAACGGACGAAUCUAA